UCAUUAACUGCUUGGGAGCUUGAAGUUGUUUCAGUUUUAAUACGAUCUAUUGCUAAACCUGUCGACAUUAAAAUAAUAGCUUAACAUUUUUUUUUAUAUAGUUUCAUUCUCAAAGCUGUUGCAGAGACAAGAGCAGAAUUGAAGCAACAUGGCUUGCAUGCUGAGCAAAGACCCACUGGAUAUUGAGAACCUCUUGGUGUUAAAUCCCAAGACUGCUAUGCAUGCAUCUUUGCAUUCUACAAUGGUAAAGAAGCAAGUUAAGAAGCAAUGGAAGCGGAAUACUGACAAGAACUGUUCCAAAUGUAUAAAACUGGAAAAUAAUUUUGAUGACAUCAAACAUACAACUCUUGGAGAGCGAGGAGCACUCAGAGAAGCGAUGAGAUGUCUGAAAUGUGCAGAUGCUCCUUGUCAAAAGAGCUGCCCAACCAACCUAGAUAUCAAGUCAUUCAUCACAAGCAUUGCAAAUAAGGUAAAUUAUAUAUGUAUGGGCUGCAGAUGUUUAAAUACUUUCAGUAGGAAACAAUACGGAAAGUAUAUUGUACAUAAUGGACAAUGCUAG